AUGAAGGAAACAAACAAAAAUAUCAAUAUGAAAUCUAGGGCGUUCCCUUCAAGCGACGCGCAAGGUGUAGACCUCCAUCCUGUGAAAAUUAAAAUAAAUAUCAAAGCAAAGAGGACAAGGUUAGCAAAUUUGAAUAUUGGUACACUUAAAGGUAAGACGAGAGAAUUGGCUUCGAUAAAUAAGAGAAAAGUUGAUAUAGCGUGCAUACAAUAUAAGGAAUGGAAAGGUCAGAAGACUUUAAUAAUUGGAAAUGGGUGUAAAUCGUACUAUAAUGGAAUUGUUAGCAAUAGGAACGGUGUCGGUUGCAAAGAAGAGGAGAAAGAUGACUUUAGAGCUAUCCUUGAUAAAGCUGUAAUAGAAAUCCUUAAGGAUGACCUAGUCAUAAUAGGUGAAGACUUAAAUGCGCAUGUGGGAAAACCAAGAGACAGCUACAAAAGGCAUCAUGGUGGUUUUGAAUAUGGAGAAAGGAAUGAUGAAGGAGAGCAUGUACUGAAAUUUGCGCAAGCCUUCCACCUUGCCUUAACCAACCCCUACUAUAGGAAAAAAGACAGUCAUUUAAUAACAUGCGAAAGUGCUACAAGGAAAACACAGAUAGAUUACUUGCUAAUCUCUCGCAGAAGAUUAAAAGAUUUAAUAGACUGCAAAGUCAUCCAAGGAGAAGAUAUCGCCGAACACAAGCUACUAGUCAAAUAA